AUGAAGUCCUCGUACCUGUUGGCCAGCCUUGCCUUGGGGUCCACCACCCUCGCAAGGCUGAUUCCUCGCGCGGAGCUCGAUAGCAGACAGUGGACGUGUCGCUGGACUGGUCACUGCCUUGGCGAUGAUUGCGAGACAAACCGAGACUGUGAUGGCGACCUCGUCUGCCGCAACUACGAGUGCGCAAACCCCGGGAGCCCCGUCAAGCCGACCACCACGCGCAAGACCACAGCUCAUCCCACAAACACGGCACCUCCAGGCUGCGUCUGGCCAGGACAUUGCUUGGGCGACCCAUGUGAAACCGAAAAUGACUGCGACGCCGAUUGGAUCUGCAUUGCAGGCAAGUGCGCUACCAUCCGUCCUCCUGUGCCGCCUACUACGACUACUCGAAUUGUGCCUCCUCCGAUUACCACCACCACUCGGCCUGUGCCUCCCCCGAUCACCACUACUACGAUGACUACGAGCAAACCGAUCACCGUACCGGUGCCUACUACUACGAGCAAGCCGCCCACGAACCCGGGAAAUCCUAGCUGUGGGGAUAAUCCGUUGGCUUGUAUUGGCUCCCCGUGCUCGACUGAUGCGGACUGCAAGUUUGACUUGAUAAUUUGCCAGAAUGGUGUUUGCGGACUCUAA